AGAGCGAAUUGGAGAGGAGCGCGCGGAAGGAGAUUCGUGCUCUCGUUGACUCCGGACCAGCGGCCAGUUUCAGAGUCGGCGCUGGACCGUGAGCCACGCGAUCUCUGUCUCUCCUCUUUCUCCCUCUCCUCCUCUUUCUCUCUUUCUAACGCGCGCGGUGACAAGAUGUGAAGAUCGACGUAGAUCACGUCGCACAACAAGGUAAAGCUAUCGGCUUCUCGACGACAUGGAAUGACACCGCGCGCGCUUCGGCUCGCUUCGUGUGCGUGGCUCCGAUUGAGAGGAGAUCGAGCGCGGAGAGUACAGGCCGUAAGAUCGAGAGCGAGAGUCCAGAUCGAGAUCGCGAGGUCCGCGAGUCCCACGGAGAGCUUGAUCGUUGGAGUGGUUCGGUAGAUCGCGCUUUGCUAGAUCGCUCCCAGUUUGCGAAAAUUCACGAGAGGAAGGAGAGAUCAAGUGAAAAACGCGAGUGCGCCAAGCAUCGAAGUCUCUGCCGCACGGAGUGUUUUCAUUACGCGAUACCAAGUCCUUGAUCCAGCUGCCAUGAUCUAUCAUCAGUCGAAUCAUCAAGCACCAACGAUGUCGUCCAUCAGGAAGACGUCGCCCGGAUCUCAACGUCGCAGUUUGCAGGCGUCCUCGGCGAAAUGUGCCAAGACGAACCGGGCGAAUGAUCGGACGGGCAACGAGGAGAGAUGCAGAGGAAGGUGCAGAGUACAAUGGAGCGAGAAACACGUGAAAGAGGGGUUGGUCCUUGUCCAGGAGGCACAGCUCGCCAGGGUGGUCAAGACGGGACCCAUUACAGAGCACUACGAAAUCGAUCCGAAACCGUUCGCUAGCGGACAGUGGGCGAGAGUCUACCGCUGCAGAUCACGAGCGACUGGUGUACUUUACGCGGCCAAGUAUUCGUCCAGGAACCGAUUCAACGCCGAUUGCAGCGCGGAACUGAGACACGAGAUCGCUUUAUUGUCCCUGUGUUCGCAAUCGCCACGUGUCGUUAGACUGCACGAUGUCUAUGAAACGCCGAAGGAAAUUAUUUUAGUCAUGGAAUUCGCGCCCGGAGGCGAUUUGCAGACGCUCAUCGACAGCGAUUUGGUGCCCCUCGAAGGUGACGUUGUACACUUUGUGCGACAACUAGUGGAAGGACUCGUCUACCUCCACGAGAGAAAUAUCGCCCAUUUGGACAUCAAGCCUCAAAAUUUGGUCAUGAUGGGCUCUUUCCCAGACUGUGACGUUAAGCUGUGCGACUUUGAAAUUUCGAGAGUGAUCCUCGAGGGUACAGAGGUUCGAGAGAUUCUUGGCACACCUGAUUACGUCGCGCCUGAAAUACUGCAUUAUGAACCAAUCAUGCUGGCAGCCGAUAUGUGGUCACUCGGUGUCACAACUUACGUAUUGCUAACGGGCUUCUCGCCUUUCGGCGGCGAGACUGAUCAGGAGACUUUUCAGAACAUAUCUUUAGGAGAGGUGGACUUUCCCGAGGAGUUAUUCGAAGAUGUCUCGGUGCAGGCAAAGGAUUUCCUCGCGAAGCUUUUAGUGCUAGAUCCGAGUGCACGGAUGACCGCGAAGCAAUGUCUGCGCCAUGACUGGUUGCGCGACGCUCCAACACAGGCGUCGCCGCAUCUGCGAAGAUACUUGUCGAAGUCCCGAGAGGUUCUUCUGGAGCGUGUGGUCAGUCGCGAGAACCUGAGGAGGGCCGCGCUGAUGAGUCAAACGACCAGCCAGGCGAGUCUCUGUCAGGGGGAUGUCCAAAGUGAUCAGAACUAUCAACAUCAGGGUUUACAGGAUUGCAUGUUGAGUCAAAGUGAAAUGUGCCUGAACUAUCGCUUAACUGGAAGUCGCUCGAGUUUGGCGGGCAGCGAGGGAUUUGCUAGUCCGGUGGAUUCUCAGGCCAGCCUGAACUCCUCCAGGACUAGCCUGAGCUGCGCGAGUCAGAGCUGUUUGCUAAAUCAAGAACAGACGCAGGGCCUACUGAAUAAAGCUCAGAGCCGAUCCCAGGCUAAUCUAAAUCAGGGUCUGAGCCGCGGUAUACUGUCAAGAAUUCGCAGUUUGAAUCGCGUUCAGUCUCAGACGUGUCUGUUGAAUGGAUCUUCGGCAAUAGGUUGCGACCGAGCUGAUUUCGUCGCUAUGAACUCCGUAAUCAGUAAGUCUCGCGAAAAACUAUAUGGUUUGAAAUCCUUAUCAAAGUCCCAGGGUGUCUUAGAUAUCUACAGAAGUCUAGAAUGUUUGAAACGGAGAAGAAAGAGUUAUCAGCGUGCGAAGACCGAGGAUAUGUUACCGAUUUUUAAGCGUCUCGACACCGAGAUUGCGUGCUCUAGACUCACAUCUUCAAGUAGCGACGAACGUUUGAUCGUAAAAUCGGAGAUUGCUUUAAUAUCCGAUAAGAUCGAGCAGGAGACUGAUCAAAAUGUGCCAACUGUUUCGUCGACAGAAGCGAAAACGCUGUGCGAUUUCAGCAACGAUCCGAAUCAUUUGUCUAUCGACUCAAAUAAUUUGCAACGCGCAGCAACAAAUGCGGAACUGCCGAAAAAACUCAUCUCGCAAUCCGAGGAGAAUUUAGACUCCUUAAAGUCCAUUGAAUCAGAUACUCUAACGGAGGAUUCUGACGAAAUGCCAUUGUGCCGCAACACGGUGCCCGCCAAUGUGAACAAACGCUCCUGCGAACGUCAAUAUUCCGACAUGUCCAGCCGUUCUAAUAACUCUGAUAAGGAGGAUCGUUUAACAGAAUCAGAGAACGAAGAGCCAAAAUACACGGUGGCGCAGUUGGUUUCCGCUUUCAACAAGCACCAGGAGGUUGCUUCAAAGAUGAGCCUAAGGGCAAUCAUGACUGAGAAACGAAUCAAUCAGAUAACAUUUCCAACUGGCACGAAGGCGUUGCGUCUUUUUAUUCCAGACAUUAACAUUACCGAGAACAAGAUCGUUAGACGAAAGACAAGUUACAAGCCGCGAAAGAAUUGGGAGGAGCUCAGAAAACGUAAUGAGAAAAAUGAGGGCAUCUUAAAGAGCCUCGAUAACGAUUCUGAUAACGAGGAUGACAAUAAGGAAAUACAGAACGACACAAAGAACGAUCAUGCAAAGAAUAAAACAGAUUCUGCGGGAAAUGUUGAGAAAAGUGUUGCAGAUGUUUUGCAGGAUUUAAUGAUUCAGAAAAAUAAGAGUUUAUCCUUGGAUCGAUGGUCGUUCUUGCGACGUGAGGAAAACAAUGGACAGAGUAUCUAUGUCGACAAUAUGGUUACUCAAAAUAGCCUCGAUACUACAAUAGAUGAGAAAUACAAGCAAUGCGUGAAAGGUGCUAUGUCCAGCAAGGUAAAAACACUUGAGAACAAAAAUGAGGAGAAAUAUCCAAAGCCAUCAGAAGUGCAACCGAGAAUUACUGUCUCGGUACAACAGAAGGAGAGAUUACCUAAUUACAUAUAUCCAGAUAUAACUGUCACAGUCAAAAACGACAAUUUUGAAGUGUCUAAAAAGACUGUUGCCGUGACUAACAGAAAAUCUACACCUAUGAUAUCCAAGGCUGAACGAACCAAACCGAGUUUUGGCACCGAUCCCGCGAAUGUAAAUCUCAAGGAUAUUCUGCAGCGGGUAGACAAUUCCCAAAGUACCUCUAGAAAAAAUUUGGAAAAUCUGCGAAAAAGGACAUCAAUCGCGAAGAUUAUCUUAAACGACAGUCUUAUCCAUGAAAAUCAAGCAGGAUUGGUUACUACCCAACUCUGCAAUCAAGAUAACAGUCCUAGUGACUGCAGGAUGAAAAGCGAACCGGCCUCGAAUGACAGUCAGUCCGAGGAGCAAAUAAAGCUGAUAGUGCCACCAUCUUUUAUUCGAUCCUCUUCCUUAUCCAGCGAUAGCAGUUGUCCCACACCGUCGAGCAUGCAAUCCGACGUGAAUGCAUUGUGGGAGGAUGUCCAGAAUGUUACGGGUUCUAACACGUCAUUGGAGAUAGAGGACGUUUGUAAGAUUACAAAGAAGAGCCAUGUUCAACGAACGUGUAGCGAAGGAAGAAAUAGGCAAGGCACGGAAGAUCGAAAAAUUUGGGGGCGGAUUUGUACCGGCUCGUACACUAGGGCCAUGGAAAAAUUUAGCGGUAAGAAUAUAGACGCCGCGAAGAAGUCACUGGGUUCAACGAUUCUCACGCAACAGACAGAAAAGACUAGACGAAAGAGCAGUCCUGCAAUGCCGCAAUGUAUAAAUCCUUAAGAAUCUUAUUCUUUAGACAAUUGCCAUCUAAAAUACGUAUGCACUUUGAAUAAAAGAGAAUGCUUUUGCGACCUUGGCAGAUGACUGUGAAUACGAACCUUGGGCAAUUCACGGCUAUUGGAAACUUCGUUGCAGUGUUAGGGCCACUGCAUUUUCACUCACACUUGACCGGAAGUGAACGUUUUUUAAAAUAAUUGCUAUGUGUAAUCAUUUGUAUUUUGUAUGAAGAGGUUUGAAGUGCAAUUAACAAGGUUUGUGAGUCAUUUGUUUAUUUGUAAUUAAUUAAUUAUUUUUUCACCCGACACUUAGCCGGGUAUCAUAUAUUAAUUGAACAAAGUUAUUAUACUGUUACAUAUUAUUGUCGGUAAAUUUUGGCUAACAAAUUAAAUAAAAUGUAUUUGGAUUACUCACAAAUCUUUUUAAUCAAACUUCAUAACUUUUUGUACAAAUUUCAACAAUUCUAUAUAUAAUAACUUUGUUCAAUUAAUAUAUUCCGGCUAAGGGCCGGUUUCACAAUCUUCGGUUAUCUUAACCGACCGAUUAUUUCAUUGGAAUUGACCAAUCGUAUUUGUCAUUAAGCGAAAUUAACAAAUGCGAUUGGUCAAUUUCAAUAGAAUAACUAGUUGAUUAAUUUAACCGGAGUUUGUGAAAUCGGCCCUAAGUGUCGGGUGAAAAAAUAAUUAAUUAAUAUUUACAAAUAAACAAAUGACUCACAAACCUUUUUAAUUGCACUUUAAACCUCUUCAUACGAAGUGAGUAAAUAGCCGCCGCACAGGCUUUUGCAUAACGCAUAGUACAUGACGCAUAAGAGAAGGGUGAGAUCCCAUGGAGCAGAUUACGCGGAAGCGGAACGAGCGGAUCACCAAUCAUGAGAUCGUUCUGAUAGAAUCCUUUUAAUAAUUCCGUCAAAACGUACAAAGUGCAUAAAAGAAAACAUAGUGGAAGUAAAAUGUAUGACUUUGAAAUUUUGACAUAUAUUGUCUCAGUUA